AUGCGAAUGUGUCAAACACUUUUCCCAUUCUGCACAUAUAUAUGCAGGGUCUAUCACUGGCACCCUGCACCAAUAUGUGCAGAAUGGGAAAAGCGCGCACUUUUGUUCUUCGAUGCGAAUGUGUCGGACAUAAUUCCUGAUUUGCUCAUAUAUUUGCA